AUGACAUUCCUGAUAGUUUUACCCUCGGCCACGUUUGACCACGAAAAUUUUCUGGAAAAGAGCUUGAAAGAUGCAGAGACGAGGCGUGAAGUUUACUUUUAUGAGGCGGUUCAAGGAUAUGUCGUUUGCAACGAAGAGUUUCAUGGAUCUGACACAAUUACCUUACUUGCCAAAGUAACGACGCGAGAUGGAGGAGGGAAUCUCCGCAACCAAUUAGAUCAGCACAGUUUGGGAAUUGAUACCAGGGUCAAAUUGGACAAGACGAAAGCUGUCUGGCAAAGUGAAGGCACCACCAUCUGGAAAUUUCACCUUCCUAGUAUUCAACCACCUGGUAAACGAGUGUCAAGUCCACAUCUCCUGCUUUCUUGUGAACUCACCAAAUGUACCAAGUCUUGCCAACGACGAAGCAGUGUGGCAGAAGAUAUUGUAUUGCCAGAUUUCAAGUUGAAUGUACUGGAGUUGAAUGGGUCAGAUUAUACAACGACUGACCUGAGAGAAGCACUAACGAAUGAGUCAACCACCGAAAUCGAAUCCAAGACCACCGACAGUGUUGUCAAGACAGAACUUAGUAUUCCCAUUGUAAUGGCAUUAGUGAUAAAAAUGAAAUCAACAAAACCAGCAGGAAGGAAUAACUUGUUACUAGUGGCAUUGAGUCUAGAACGCUCAGAGGAGAUAUUCACAGCCAACAAGAGAGAUCUUGAUUUGCUAUACUUCAAUAUCAGCUCUCUUGAGCUAAGUUCCGUUGUUGGUACUGCGACCCCAAUGAAUGAAAUUUUCCCACAACGUAUGCGAUUAGAGGACUCAUUGAACGUGGUUUUCAAGUUGGACGAUCAUGAACGUUUUGGAAGGGAAGCGUCAGAACAAGUGUGUAUAACCACAUGUUUAACGAUUGAGAAAUUACAAGAAGGAGUUUACACUAGAGCAAGCAACCUCAUACAAACCAAUUGGAGACCAUACUUGGAUUUAGGCUUAAUUGCGCCACCAAUUAACAAUGCAUUGAAAACAAAUAGUAACACACUGCAUCUUCUGUCGCAAAUGAGCAAUUCUGUUAAUGGAACAAAUAUUCGACAACGAGCAAUGCUCAACAAUUUGUACAAAAUGGAUAGCCCGACAUUCUCCAAUUUGAACACCAAUCUAGUUGGGAUGAACGGAAAGAGAGCUAAGCUGUAUGUCACACGCGAAUCGUCAUCAUCGGUGACCGUGAACCUAUCCACAAAUAUCAAUUCCUCAUUGGCCGGGUUGAAACUUACAUUUAUUGGUCGAUUGGAUAUGAAGCAAGGGGUGGUAACCAAGUGGAAAAUGCAAGCCAUCAACAAUUCAAUGAACAGAUUGAAUCUAUCACUACUUGUACAGAAUCCAAUUAAUUUCAACCCUAUAUACAGCAACACCGCCCCAAAUAACAAUUUUUCAUCGUCAAAUUUGUUAAACAACAACAAUAAUGCACAAAACAGCCAAGACAUUAUCAUUUACAACAAAGCCCAGCUUUACUCGUUGUACAACACUUUGAAAGUUAACACCGAGGCGAGUGGGGUCAUAAUAUUGGAAAAUGACAUUCGAAUAGGACCCUUGGAACCACAGGGCCUGUUUGAGACAGGUUUGAAAUUGAUUGGAAAUGUUAAAGGUAUCUUCAGCUUAGAUGGAUUGAAGAUUUUCGAUGUUGCUACGGGUGAUGGCUUAGAUUUCGGUAAGCUUAUAGAGGUAUUUGUAGUUUGA